AUGGCAGCCGUCUCCGCAGCUGGCAUUCCUCCAAAUGCGACAGUUUAUGUUAAGAAUUUAAACGAACGAAUCAAGAUUGACCAGUUGAAGCAGGCCCUGGAGGAGAUCUUCUCCGAAUAUGGCACUAUCCUAGAGGUCGUCGCAAAGACCAACCUCAAAGCUAAAGGCCAAGCCUUUAUCGUCUUUGACAACGUCGACUCUGCUACCCGCGCUAUUGAGGAUAUCAAUGGCUUCGAGCUCUUUGAGAAGCCUAUGGUGUUGGAUUACGCUAAGACACGCAGUGAUGCAACAGUCAAGCGGGAGGGCGGCAGUGACGAGUUUGAAGCUCACAAGCGGAGACGCCUAGCUGAGAAAGAGCGCAAGCAAGCCCACGAGGCCCUCGAAGCACAGAAGAAACUCAAGCGUCCUGCCGCACCCGUCGAUGCCGCACGCCCAGCCAAGACCACCAAGGGUGCUGGUCUCAAGCCCACUGCCGCUCCUACGACCGCUGUCAUUCCGGACGAGUAUCUACCACCCAAUAAGAUUCUGUUCUUGCGGGACCUCCCCGAGGAUGCGACCCAAGAAGAUCUGUCUGCUACCUUUGGCCGGUUUGAGGGAUUCCAGGAAGUCAGGUUGGUACCAGGGCGUAAGGGAAUUGCAUUCGUGGAGUACGAGACUGAAGCUGGAGCUAUCAGCGCAAAGGAGGCUACCUCGGGCAUGCCCAUGGGCGACCAGGGCAAGGCGAUCCGCGUUACUUACCAGCGACAGUAG